AUGGCGCCCUCCAAAACUCGUACCAUAAAGAACAAGAAUGCGGGUCCUAAAAAGACCGACGACGACAAACCGAAAUCCAGCAAAUCUUCGGCUGGUCGCAAAGGGCCCGUCAACGCCACACAGUUGAAGGAGAAGAACCGCGCGCUUCUGCUCAAGAAGCCCAAGAGGAAGACCUACACCGACACCGAGCUCAACAUCCCCAAGCUCAACAUGAUUACGCCUGUGGGCGUCGUCAAACCCAAAGGCAAGAAGAAGGGCAAGGUCUUUGUGGACGACAAGGAAGCGAUGACGACCAUCAUGUCACUUGUGCAAGCAGAGAAGGAGGGCCAGAUUGAGAGCAAGAUCACAAAGGCGAGACAGUUGGAGGAGAUUCGACAAGCGAGAAAGGAGGAGGCGGCAAAGAAGGAAGAGGAGCGCAAGACCAAGUUGGAGAACGUGAAGGAGUCGCUCAGGAAGAAGAGGAAGCGUGGCCCUACUGACAAGGACGACGAUAACAUCAAGGGUGCUGCUUCUGCGGGUACAAAGAUGGGCAAACCUUCGAAACGGAAGAGCGUAUCAUUCGCAUAA